AUGGCGAACUUACAUUCAGAUUUAAUUACAGAAAUCCUGUUGUUUCUUCCAGUAAAACCUCUUUGGCAUUUAAGAUGCGUUUCGAAACAAUUCUGCAAUCUCAUCGAUAGUCCUAAUUUCAAAAAGGCACAUCUUAUUAAAAGAUCCAUGGAAACCAGAACUCACCUUAAGCUAAUUCUCAAGCAAAGAGAUAAAGAAAGACUUGCUCUGUGGAAUCCUUUCACUAGGGGCUGCAACAUACUUCCUAUUUUCAGAGCUAAUACUAAUUACCCUCCAUAUCCUAUGCACGGAGGGGGAUUGGGAGAUGAAUCUUCUGCUGAUGACUAUAAAGUUGUGACGUUUUCUCAACCAGUACUUUUUGGGCUUAUCUAUGAAGUUUGGAUUUUUUCCUUGAGAACCAAUAGCUGGAGAAGGCUUCCGGAUUUCUGUUACACUGGAUAUGUGUUUAACUUUUCUCCUGGAUACUUGGCUAACGGUGCUUUGCACUGUUUAUUACUUUCUGCUAGAGGAAUGGAUAGACCAGGAGCAAUUGUUAGUUUCGAUCUGGCAGAUGAGGAAUUCUCCGUUGUAAAGCGGCCUGACAGUAGAACCAAAAAACCCCAGCUGAGUUUGAACGUUGUAGAUGGGUGUCUCUGUGUGGGAUUGUUCAAUAAUCGUAGAAAGAAGGGUGAGUUUCCUGAGCGUUUUGCAUAUGUUAAACUUAAACCUGCAGCAUAUUCGGAGAAUAGAGAAAACGUUCUAUUGAAUGUUGAUGAUAGGAAUAUAUUUUGGUAUGACCUCCAUGAGAAAAGAGGAGAAACUGCUGAGAUUCUUGGAAUGGCGUCGGUGAAAGAACUACAAGUUUGUUGGGAAAGUCUUGUUUCGCUUGGUGAUGACAGUGAAUCUGAUCUUGAUAUGGUUUUUAGUUGA